AUGUCAUUAACAACUAAUAGAAUUGCAUUAUCAACAAUCAAGGAUAGUCAUUUGAAUUCAUCUCCUUCAAAUACUCCUUCCAAAGACAAGAAACUCCCAACAUUAUACAAUUCAAACAAACCUAAAUCAAAAUUGUUUAGUCCUUCACAUCUGAGGAUUAGACAACCUGAUUUAAUAACAAAAUCCUUUUCAAUUGCUCAUUCAGCAACUAGCUUGAAUAAAAAGUUUUCUCCAUUACGUGCUGUCAGUUUUUCUGAUUAUAGAUCGACCUUAUCAAAUAAACCACUGUCGUCAUCGUCGUCGUCGUCAUCUCCUUCAAAUUUGAAACUUCAAUCCACCGAUGACGCGUUUAAAAAUGAUACAAUUGGUUUGGCUGCUACAAAAUUGAAAUUAAAAUUGCAAUUGGCCCUUUAUAAAGUUCAACAGAACAAACAAACCCGCCUCAAAACCACAAAGUACUACAACAACAAUAACAACAACAACAUUAAUAGUUACAACCAUAAAAUCCAUAAAACCAAUGGUCAUAAAUCAAUGGCAAUUAAACUUAACUCAAUAUUGGGAUCACUUGAAAGUCCUCCAACUUCAAAUAGAUCUUCACCGGUUUCUGCUUAUGAAUCACCAAACCCCACCAAUAACAAUCACAUGGUCAAAUCUUCAACCGCGUCAUUACCCACACCACCAGAACAAGUACGCACUAGCAAUUACUACUCCCAUUCUAUCAAUGUCAAUUUAAAUGCUACACCAAGAUUCAACAAAACUAAAUUGUUGAAAAAUAUUACUAAACCAACUAAUAGUGCUACAUCAACUUUAAAUAAAGUUGCCAGUUCACGUACUAAAAAUACCAAAAUUAAUAAACCCUCCAAACUUAAAUUGUUUCAAAUUAAGAAAGAUUCAAUUUAUUAUUGUUCAAAUCAAAAGAAAUUACCUUUAAGUCAAAACAAUACCACCCAUGUCACUAACCAAUCAAAAUAUACUAAUAAUUUAGAUAUCACUGCUACUAAUGGUACUACUCAUUCAUUUAAUAAUAUGAGUACUCCUUCCUCUCAAGGUACUGUAACUGGUGGUGCUGGUAAUGGCCAAAGUAUGUCAUUUUUUACAUUCUAUCCAACCAGUCAAGAACAAGAAUCAUCACAAAACAGUACUACUAAUGUUGGAACCACUAGAUUACCAUCAAUAACUGUUGAUCGUACAACUAACGAAGUUCCAAGUAACAGAAACACCAACCACGCACAAAAUUCAUUUUAUUCAAGUCUUGACGCUACCAAUACUGCAUUACCAUCAAUCAACAAAAUAUUGAAAACCCCAAUUAGAAGAGCAAAUAAUGCAUCGAAACAAUUUCUGUUUCAAAGAUCAUUUAAUAAUGCUGCUCCAUUAGUUACCAAUAACAAUAACAACAACAAUAACAACAAUAGUAAUACUUAUGGUAAUGAUGAAACAACUAUUGAUGAAGAUAAUGACAUAACAAUUAUUCAAAACACUACAAUUAGUAACACAACUAUAGAUCAAAAUGCCACCAUUGAUGAAGAAAAGACUGAGUAUGAUGUCGAACAAGAAGAAAUCACUCAAGAAAUCAAAAACAGUAACGAAGAAGAUGAUAAUGAAGACAUUAAUAGUCCUUCAAAACAACAGGAUAUUCUUACUUCAUCCCCAUUAAGUAAUCAACAAUUUACCACACCUAAUAAAUUUAGUGUUGCUAAAUCAUUAUUACAAUUGGGUGGUCAUAGAAUGUGA